UGCAUUUUGAGUGCAUAUAAGAAGUUUGAGUUACAGUGAGAGGAAGCCUGGCACUAGGGAAGCAGGAAAAGAAAUAUGGCGAACGAAAUAAAGUCGCAAGAAGAUUUUGAAAAUAUUCUAAAAGACAAAAGUCUUGUUGUGUUACAUUUUUCUGCAACAUGGGCACCUCAAUGCAAGCAAAUAUCUGCUGUUAUUGAUGAACUUCACAAGAACAAUGUUCAUGUUAAAUUUUACCAAAUUGAAGCUGAAGAUCACGAAGUUUUGUCAACGAAUUACAAAAUUGCAUCUGUUCCAACAGUUGUUUUCUUUAAGAAUGGAAAGGAAAUUGAUCGUCUCGAAGGUGCAAAUGCCCCGGAGUUAACGAAGAAAGUUGAAAAGCAUGGAAGUACGUUAGAUAUACCGAAACAAAACGUUCACGUCGAUACGACAGACGAAAAUAUCGAUGAAAAACUGAAGAGACUUAUAAACAGUUCGCCUUACAUGUUGUUCAUGAAAGGAACACCCGACAAUCCGCAAUGUGGAUUCAGCAAACAGAUUAUAAAUAUUCUUUCUCCCUACAAGAUUGGCACAUUUAAUAUUUUAAAUGAUGACGAAGUAAGACAAGCUCUAAAAGUGUAUUCUAAAUGGCCGACGUAUCCUCAGUUUUAUGCCCAUGGCGAAUUAAUUGGAGGUGUUGACAUCGUCAGAGAGAUGCAGGAAGAAGGAGAAUUGGAAAAUAUGCUUUCUGAUUGCAAGCGUGAAGAUCUAAACACGAGGUUGACAAAUCUCGUCAACUCGUCACCGGUUUUGCUCUUCAUGAAAGGCUCGCUUCAGGAACCUAGGUGUGGAUUUAGCAAGCAGUUUUGUUCUCUUAUGCAAAACUACCCGAGUGUGAAGAUAUCAAGUUUUGAUGUCUUAUCUGAUGAAGAGGUUCGCAGUGGUAUUAAAAAAUUUUCCAACUGGCCCACAUUUCCUCAACUUUAUGUGAACGGAGAGCUGAUUGGAGGUUUGGAUAUAGUGAAAGAACUGCAUGAAUCAGGGGAACUCAGUUCAAUUCUUUCUACAGGAACAGAAUGAGUAAUUUUUACCUGGAGGCUUAAAAACAAUCAAAAUAAACUGCGAAAGGGGUUUAUUUUUAAACGUAAGAAAGAAACUACCAAAUGUUUGGUAAAAGCGUGGACAAUUUGUUAUUGAUCCACUUAAGUUUGUGUACGAAUUGAUGGUGAGUAAAAGAUGCGGGAGAAAA